UCGUGAUUGUUGGUUCACUUCGUGAAGAGCCUUUCUCCUGGCUUUCUCCCGCUCGCCAUCUCGCCAUCUCGCUCUCGCCGGUUAAGCGGGUCGUGAGUUCUCUCUCUCGGAUCCGAACCCGGAAUUUGAACUCCGGCUCGGGCUCCGUCGCCGGAUCGCCGUGCUCACCUCAACUCAACUCGACUCGACUCAACUCAAUUUAACGGGCAACGCUACACAAAUAUUUGAAACUGCUAAACUAAGCCAAAACAAUUGAAGUGGAAUUCUCGCGGCACAAUUUGAUAUUAGAUAAGUGAAAUAAUUCACGCCUCCGGCACUUUGUACGUGUAAACAGGUCACAGGAAUUUCAACACACACAUUCCCAUAGCAAUAAUAGAAUUUCAUAAUCGAAGUGGUCCUCGCAAUGCGACUAAUUGGAUUUAUUUUGAAUUUGGCAGCCCUAACAGCUGUCGUCUGGGGCAAUCACCAUGAGAGUCUUUCGCUCAGUCCCGCGGAGCACAGCGUGGUGCGAUAUACAAACGAGUCGCUCAUCGUCCAGUGCCGCAGUCCCAAUAAGGAUGUGAAACUGCAUUGGAAAUCGCCGAGAGGCGAAAUUAUACGCGAGCACAAAGGACGCAUUCACAUUGAGCAAACAUCGCCAGAACAAUUGAAAAUCGUUUUCGCCCACAUCGCACUGGCCGACAAGGGCAAUUGGACCUGCGAAGCUCCUGAUGAAGGUCUGCAUAGUAAAUCCUUCGAUUUGAUUGUGUACCAGAAAAUUACAUUCACGGAAAAUGCCACCGUGAUGACCGUUAAGGAGGGCGACAAGGCCACCAUCCUGUGCGAGGUGAAGGGCGAGCCGCAGCCGAAUGUUACCUGGCACUUCAACGGACAGCCCAUCAGCACCGGCGCGGCUGACGACUCCAAGUUCCGCAUCCUGGGCGAUGGUUUGCUCAUCAACAAGGUAACACAGAACGACACCGGCGAGUACGCGUGCCGAGCUUACCAAGUCAACUCGAUUGCUUCCGAUAUGCAGGAGCGCACAGUUUUGAUGAAAAUCGAACACAAACCCGUUUGGACGAAGACUCCCUUUGUGAGCCUGCAGUAUGCCUACAUUAACGGCACUGCGACCCUCAUGUGCGAGUCCCAGGCUGAACCGCCGGCCAAUUUCACAUGGUACCGCAAACACAACAAGCUGCACAGCAACAACAAGCUCUACACCAUCGAGUCGGACAGCUACUGGUCCAGCCUGACCAUCCACGUGCUGAACGCCAGCGCCUUUGACAAUUACCGGUGCCGGGCUGGGAAUCAUCUGGGAAUCAUCGAGAGGACCACGCGAUUGGAGCAGGGCGACAAGCCACCUGCUCCGUCCAACUUUCAGCUGCGCGGCUACAACUCGAACACCUUUGACGUCGUUUUGAGUGCGCCGCGGGGUCAGGACCGCAGACCCAUGGACGUCAACGGAUUCCGCAUCGAGUACAUGACAGAAAUGGAGUUCAAGUCGGACGCCGGCAAGUGGACCAAUGCCAGGCGGAAGGACUUUCCCUUCGAGGAGGGGGCAACGUUCCUAUUGACAAACCUAGAGCCGGAUACGGGCUACCUGGUGAGGGCGGCAUCUCGCAAUCUGGCCGGCUUUAGUGACUUUACCAAGGUGGAGAAGUACAGGACGCUGUCCCUGGAACCGCGAUCCUCCUCGGGGACUUCCCAGUCCACUACUUUCUUUCUGGGACUGUUGGCACUACUGGGCCUGAUGCGGCCUAGCCUUGGGUGAAUCUGAAUCUGCAGGCGGAUGAAGGAUGAAGGAUGACGGGUGAUGCAUCUAGCAGAACCAGGAACCAAAAACCAGGCCCUCAAAACUCCAUGUGCUUUGUAUAGCUUUAAGGCGUGUCCACCAUGACACUAGUUCUGUCUGAUUUGCUUGGUCUAAGUAAUUGGGUUACUCUUAAGUUCAGUGCGUUUGAUAUACCCUAAAACAGUGUUACGGUUAAGUUUACUAAGAGUUUCUUUUUAGCUUUUAAUGUUUCGAUUUCAAAGAUAUUUAUGGAAAACUUAUAGGAAUAUUUAUAUAUUUAAACAAAUCCUCAUAGCGGUUUAAGAAAUUCAACGGUUAGCUGGCCUUGGCCCCUUUAAAAUUAUGCAAACCCAAAGCUUUGCUCAAGAUUUCUCUCUGUGAAAAUUUUAAAUUAAGUCACGUCAGGGUUAUAAUUGCUAUGAUAUGAUUUAUAUAGAAUUGGAAGUUUCCUGCUAAACUAAGGCCUUGUAUCUUUGUUGCCAAAAUCUUUAAGAUCAAAUCAGAAAUUUGCCAAAAUAAAUUAAUGUUUGUACACUCUACAAGAGUAAAUAUCUUUCCAAGCAUAGGCCAAUCAACCUUUUCAACUUAACUAAAUACCAUUUUGAAUAUCUGGACAAGCAUUAAACGCAUCAAACAAUAAACAAUAAUACGAAAGAGCUUAUCAACAGCAUUUGAAAGUUUUGUAAUACACUUUAUCUGUGACUAUUAAAGUCAAAAGCCAAAAAGAACAUUUUCACGUGUACAUUUUCAGGGCUUUAAAUAAACGAUAACAUUUGUAUGUAAAACUAAGCAUGACCCUUUUACCACAAUGCAAAGGGAAAGCAAAAACCGUAGCCAUAUAUAAAUCAAACAUUUAUAUUUUACAAAACUAGUUGAUACCCAAUAAAAGAAUAUUUUAAUUCAA